AUUACAGCUUUUCAGCUUUAUACAGAGAAGUCACGAUUCCCUGCACAGCACCAGAAGCUGAGCCUGGGAUGUGGAGUUCUGAAUAAUCUGCUGAGAGGAGGACUUCCCCUGGUGGGCAUUACAGAGCUGGCGGGAGAGAGCUCCGCGGGGAAGACUCAAAUAGCCCUUCAGCUGUGCCUUUCUGUUCAGUACCCAGAAACUUAUGGUGGUCUUGGAGCAGGGGCUGUGUACAUCUGCACAGAAGACGCCUUCCCAAAUAAGCGCCUCCUACAGCUGAUAAAGUCUCAGCACAGACUGAGGACCGAUGUUCCAGCAGACAUUGUUCGCAAAAUCCAAUUUGGAGAUAAUAUUUUCAUUGAGCAUGCGGCCGAUAUAGACAUGCUCACUGAAUGCAUCACCAAGAAGCUUCCCAUCCUCCUGCUCAGAGGUCAGGUCCGUCUGAUCAUCAUAGACUCUAUCGCUGCUUUGUUUCGCUGUGAAUUUGCUGCAAAGGAUGCUGUUGUCAAAGCGAAACAUCUUCAGAUGAUUGGGGCCAAACUCCACCAGUUAAGCCGAGACUUCACAACUCCUGUAUUCUGCAUUAAUCAGGUAUUCAGUAUAUCCAUUUUUGGUUUAAAAAACAUAACUCCUCUUAAUUUUGGUGAUAAAAAGAUGCUACCAUCCUUGGGGAUUUCUUGGUCAAACCAGCUUCUAAUGAGACUCAUGGUGGCACGGACACAGCACGAGGCUCCUCCUCCAUUUAUAGGCUGCAUUUUACGGAUAAUGGAAGUCAUCUUUGCACCCCAUGUUCCACAAGCUACCUGCUACUACACAGUAGACUUGGAAGGUGUGAAAGGAAUUGAAGUACAGAGCAUGUAA